CUCUCGAAGUUUCACGCAAGAGAGGCAGACUAAUGAGACCAAACAAACUAACAAAUCUUGCGAGUGCAUUUUGCAAUGCCGAAAUGAAAAGUCAAAACGGAGAGGCCAGUCUUACGCUGUGUUACUCUGACCUGCCUUUUAUGUCGCAGGAGUAGUAAAAUGUCUGCACCCCCAUUCAAGAAACUGAGACAGACUAGUAUUACAGAUAGUUUCAAGGUUACUGAAGUAGGUAUGGGAAGUCAGCAACAGGACGGUGAUAGAAAAGUUUGGAAAGAUUUCAACUUCACAAAACCAGACAAAGAAGAUCUUCAAACCAUUCCAAACCAAGACCACACAGCUGAGAGUAGUUCUGGUGAUAUUAGUUCUGAUGCCAUGGGAACUGCUUGUGAGAAAACCGCAUCUGUGGCAUCAGUGAGUCCAGCACAUGAUGCAGGGAAAUUAGAAGAGGCAGCUUUCAAUUCACUUGGCACAGAUUCCACCCUGGAAAAUUCACAGCCCAUGAGUCCAUCCACAUCUAAGAGUUCCCCAGGAUGGACCUCCGAGGAUAAAAAGUCAUUUGGUACAGAUCUGCGCCAUUUCCAUCGCAUGCCAGAGUGCUUCAACAAAGAGUUUCCAAAACUCAAGCAUGAUGAUCGGCACCAUGUUCUUAUCAAUCCUGACAGUAUUCUGGGAGGGGCAAACAGAGUUCCUACAGUGCCAGGCAAGAAAAAAGAUUUGUGGGAUCCAAACCAUGUCCAUAUGCCUUGUUCUGUGGAAAACUUGUACCCUGUUGAAGGAAAAAAUGGGAGAAAGGAAAUCAGGAAGAGGUGGGAUAUGAUUGAGACAGCUUUAGAAUGUUUGACUACCAAGUCCGAAUUAAAUGUAUUUGAUAUAGAGGACGCUAUCUUGCUCUACAACAAGAGAUAUGAUAAGAAGUGGGAUUUCGCAAUGCUCAAAGAAUAUGAAGAAAUGUUAUUGGAUGAACAGAAGAAAGACUUUGUCAAUACCAUAAAACAAAUAGCCCUCCUGGCAAUCAAAUUACCAGAUGUUUGUACUCAGGUAAAUUAGACUUGGACCGUCAGUGUGUUCAUAUUUUAAG